UUUUCUAAUCCCCACCUCAUCACGCCAACUCCAAAAGGCAUAUCCCAUUCCCUCCUUAAUAUUCUGCUAAUCAAACCUCUUCCCUUUCCCCAUUCCCAAGCUUCUUUUAUAUAUACACCUACCUCCCCAGUCACCUCUUCCCACCUGCCACUCUCCAAUCGAAUUCAUUCCGCGUAACGAGUUCGUCGGUAUAUAGAUUUCCCGAUGAAGUUCGGGAAGCUGUUGAAGCAGCAGAUUCAGGAGACGUUGCCCGAGUGGCGCGAAAUGUUCCUCGCAUACAAGGAGUUGAAGAAGCUCGUGAGGCUGAUCUCGGCCUCCUCCCCUUCUUCCACCCACCCGGAUGAGCACGGGCUCAGCAAGGGGGAGGCCGAGUUCAUGUAUCUGCUGAAUCAUGAGAUCGAGAAGUUCAACGGGUUCUUCAUGGAGAAGGAAGAGGACUUCAUCAUCAAGAAUGCGGAGUUGAAGCAGAGAAUACAGAGGGUUGUUGGUACUUGGGGAGAACAUGGAAGCCAGCCUUCAGAGAAACUCUACGAGGAGGAGAUGGCUCGGAUAAGAAAAGACAUUGUCGAUUUUCACGGCGAAAUGAUUCUUCUUAUGAACUAUAGCAACGUCAAUUACACAGGGUUGGUGAAAAUUUUGAAGAAAUACGACAAGCGGACAGGCGGAGUAUUGCGCCUCCCCUUCAUUCAGAAGGUUUUAGACCAACCAUUCUUUACGACGGACCUCUUAUCGGAGCUUGUCAAAGAAUGUGAAAUCAUGAUAGAUGCUGUGUUCCCGGUUGAGGAGCGGGAGAAGGCCAGGGAACUGAGAGAGGCAGUAUCCGUGGCUGAUGAGGGAAUAUUUAGGAAAACGAUUGCUGCGCUGAUGACGAUGCAGGAGAUCAGGAGAGGGAGCUCUACAUACAGUCACCACUCAUUGCCACCCCUCAACUUACCCGAAUCCUAUCUAUCCCAGUUCUUACAGCUCAAUUCCCCGAUCCCGAUUCAGUAAUCAGACUCAUAUGUGAUUGUCACAGUUGUUUUACGGUUGUAUCAUUUGCGACUAGCGAGCUAAUAUCGAGUCGAGAUGGAACGUAGUAGCUAUAGAUGAGAGAGGGCACUAAUAUUUCACAUAUGUUUGUUUGCAUAUCAAGUGAUUGUCUGUCGUCGAUGAUCAUCACGGUUCAUGGGAUAACUUGAAAUUUAGUAUAUUUCAAUUUUAAUUUUCAGAGGAACGAAAUUAUGUAUGGCUCAACGCA